AUGUCGAAGGAACUCUGGGGUUGUUAUUAUAGCAAUGCGCCUAACAUUGUACGGAUGUUGCGUUUCUGCUUCCUGUUGACUGGAUUGCUUUCAACUGCAAUGCGCCUAACUUAUACAGCAACAACCAACCAGUCUUGCGUACAUUAUUACCAAGUAACAUUAUUUAAGAUCUUGCAUACUAACCUUCAAUUAUUUUUGAAAGAUUCAUAUUAUAGAAAUGUCAACAAGGAAAACAUUUCAAAAGAUGAAAAAGAAGAAGCAUUACAAAAACUUCGAAUCCUGAAUUAUUGCAAGUAUACUGAGAAUCAACUGUUUAUGCUUGACGAAGUUAUAAUCUUUACUAACUAUCUGUUUGUAUUACAGAAUAAACACAAGGUUGUAACUUUGCAGAAUGCAAGUGACCAAAUCUUGGAGUUUCAAACAAAAAUAACUGAAAAAUUGCACGAGGAGCCAAUUAUUGAGAACAAUAAGGAUGAAAUUACUGCCAGUAAAAACAAACUUAAACAAGUCAAGAGGAAUCGCACUGAUGACGAAUACAACUAUGUAAUACAUAUCAAACGCAUAAGACCCUUUAUACCCGUUGAAUUAGAUAGUGAAGAAGUUGAUCAUACUGAAAAUGUUGAAGAUAGUUAUGAUGGCGAUGAUCAUUCGGCGCUGAAAUUAUUAAAGAUCCACGAAAAAUGA